GCUAAGCUAUCUGUCCAGCCAGAGAGCCGACACGUCCGCAGAGAGCACGCCGUGCGCCGCCGCUGGUCACCGGGCACAUGUACGGAGCAGCUGCCGGGAGAAAUGUUAAAUGUGACCAGCGCGAACUGAGCUCCCGAACCAGCCAUGUUUGGCACAGAGUCGUCAUUAAGCAUGUUUCUCAACACCCUGACACCCAAGUUCUACGUGGCUCUGACCGGCACCUCCUCCCUCAUAUCAGGACUCAUCUUGAUCUUCGAGUGGUGGUACUUCAGGAAAUACGGGACGUCUUUCAUCGAGCAGGUGUCCGUGAGCCACUUGCGCCCCCUGCUGGGCGGAGUGGACAGCAGCAGCCCCAGCAGCUCCAGCAGCAGCAACGGGGAGGCGGAGUCCAGUCGACAAAGCGUGUCAGAAUGUAAAGUGUGGAGAAACCCCUUGAAUUUGUUUCGAGGAGCCGAGUACAACCGGUACACGUGGGUGACGGGACGAGAGCCGCUGACGUACUACGACAUGAACCUGUCAGCGCAGGACCACCAGACCUUCUUCACGUGCGACUCCGACCACCUCAGACCCGCCGACGCCAUCAUGCAGAAGGCCUGGAGAGAGAGGAACCCUCAAGCUCGCAUCUCAGCCGCUCACGAAGCUCUGCAGCUGGAAGACUGUGCCACGGCCUACAUCCUGCUGGCCGAAGAAGAGGCCACCACCAUCAUGGAGGCUGAGCGCUUGUUCAAGCAGGCCUUGAAAGCGGGAGAAGUUUGUUAUCGCCGAAGUCAACAGCUGCAGCACCACAGCACCCAGUAUGAGGCCCAGCACAGAAGAGACACAAAUGUGUUGGUGUACAUCAAGAGAAGAUUGGCCAUGUGCUCCAGAAAGCUUGGAAGGACGAGAGAGGCGGUGAAAAUGAUGAGGGACUUGUGUGUUUUCCAGUUAAUGAAGGAGUUCCCUCUCCUCAGUAUGUUCAACAUCCAUGAAAACCUGCUGGAGUCGCUGCUGGAACUCCAGAACUACGCUGACGUUCAGGCCGUGUUGGCCAAGUACGACGAUAUCAGUUUACCAAAAUCAGCAACAAUUUGCUACACAGCAGCUUUACUCAAAGCGAGAGCUGUUUCAGACAAGUUCUCCCCAGAGGCAGCAUCCAGACGAGGUCUGAGCACAGCAGAGAUGAACGCAGUAGAAGCCAUCCACAGAGCGGUGGAGUUUAACCCUCAUGUGCCCAAAUACCUGCUGGAGAUGAAGAGUCUUAUUCUUCCUCCAGAACACAUCCUGAAGAGAGGCGACAGUGAGGCCAUCGCCUACGCCUUCUUUCACCUGCAGCACUGGAAGAGGGUGGAGGGGGCGCUCAACCUGCUGCACUGCACCUGGGAGGGCACAUUCAGAAUGAUUCCAUAUCCUCUGGAGAAAGGUCACCUCUUCUAUCCUUAUCCCAUCUGCACAGAGACGGCAGACAGAGAGCUGCUACCCACAGUGUUCCACGAGGUGUCAGUGUAUCCCAAGAAGGAACUUCCUUUCUUCAUCCUCUUCACGGCCGGCCUCUGCUCCUUCACCGCCAUGCUCGCUCUGCUCACACACCAGUUUCCUGAACUCAUGGGAGUCUUCGCUAAAGCUUUCCUGAGCACGCUCUUUGCGCCUCUCAACUUCAUCAUGGAGAAGGUGGAGAGCAUCCUGCCGUCCAGCCUCUGGCACCAGCUGACCCGCAUCUGACGCAGCCUUUUUCCCGGGACACUAAACGUGCUGACACGGCAUCUUGUUACAGUGAAGUGACGAGGAGGCGUGGACAAAGCCAACAGACUUUAUUUGACCUGUUUGGGUUUUGUUGAGUUUUUUUUUUGAGGAUUAUUUAAAAAGUUGUUUGUUGUACAAAAACAGUUGCCAUCAUUACAAAAAAAAUACAAAAAAACAAAACAAUAAAGAACUUUUGGUGUA